CCCCUUGCAAUUCUAUUCCACCGCGGCCACCGGAAGGGAAGCCUCCAGGCUCACGCCACGGUUUCACACGAGCAAAUCCCGCCGCCUCCUCCUCGCGCACCCCUUCCCAUCCUCAUCCUCCCCGGAGCACGAGGCGAGCCGCCGGAUAUGGCGCCGGCGGCGCCGGACGGCGGGGCCGAGUCGCAGCGGCAGGCGGACCUGCUUAAGCAGGAGGGCAACGCCUUCUUCAGGAAGGAACGCCUCAGCGCCGCCAUCGACGCCUACACCGGGGCCAUAACUCUCUGCCCAAAUGUUGCAGUAUACUGGACCAACCGAGCACUUUGCUAUAGGAAGCGCAAUGAGUGGUCUAAAGUUGAGAAAGAUUGCAGAACGGCUAUCCAGCUUGACAGCCAGUCUGUUAAGGCGCAUUACAUGCUCGGGCUAGCUCUUGUCAACAGCCAAAGAUUGUCAGAAGGAAUAAAAUCACUGGAGAAGUCCUUGGAGCUUGGAAGGGGUGCACAUCCUGCAAGCUACAUGGUCGAAGAGAUAUGGCAGGAGCUUUCUAAAGCAAAAUACAUUGAAUGGGAGAGCUUAUCAAGAGAGCGAACUUCUCAACUGCAAAAGCUAAAGGUAGCAUGUUACGAAGCCAUAAGGUGUUACAACAGCCUUGAUAACCCAGCUGCAGGUGUGCCAGUAGAACAGCUAAAUGAGCUCGACGAAGUUUUCAUGAAGGCUGCAAAAGCUGAUACUCCAGCAGAAGUUCCUGACCAUCUCUGCUGCAAAAUUACACUUGAUAUCUUCAGAGACCCAGUGAUCACCCCAAGCGGGGUUACUUAUGAGAGGGCUGUACUUCUUGACCACCUUCAAACGGUGGGGAAGUUUGACCCGGUGACCCGUGAGGCACUCGAACCACACCAGCUGGUUCCGAAUCUUGCCAUCAAGGAAGCUGUACAUGCAUUUUUGAGCGAGCAUGGUUGGGCUUACAAGAUCAGAUGAUUGCUUUACAUACUGAGUUGGAGGUAAGAUUAGCGAUACAGGUUUUUGGCUACUGUCGGAUUUGACGGUGGGAAUUUUUGUUUACUGUUGGUGGCGGAUUGUAAUCUGGGAUGGCCGUGUACAGAUUCACCUUCUCCGGUUAUUGAUCGGUCUGUACAUAUGAGAUGCUAUUAAUUGUAAACAGUACACCAAAGGAAGUGAAGUUGAGUGCCUGAAUUCCAGACUGCUGUUUGCUUUAAGGGAGUCA